AAAUUGCCCAUUUACUCUUUUGUUAUCGAAUUAAAACACGAUGUCGUCUGUCACUUUCGAUCUAACCCGCUUCCCUAUACCCAACAAACUGUUUAUUGGUGGAAAGUGGGUCGACAGCGUAACCAACAACACUCAAAGCUUGACAUCUGCUGUCAACGAUGAAGUGAUAUGCAAGGAUCUACAAUGGGCAGAUACAAAGGACGUAGAUAUUGCUGUUGAAAGUGCUGCUGAAGGCUAUCAAGCAUGGCAGGCUCUCAGCAAGCGCGAGCGACGAGACGCACUUACUAGAUAUGCCCAAUUAAUCAAAGAUCGCGCUGAAGAGAUUUACUGGCUCGAGGCUGUUCUCACGGGCAAGGCAAAGUCUUUUAUUACGUUCGAGGUUGAUGCAGCAGUUGAAGCUUUUAUCUAUUUUGCUGGCUUGAUCAACUCUUUCCAUAGCCAGGCUGUUAGCUACGGUGACGAUCACGUUCAAUACACUACUUACUCCCCUUAUGGGGUCUGCGCUGCUAUCGUUCCAUUCAAUGGGCCACUAGUCUGCUAUGCCCUGAAAGCUGCAUCAGCGCUCGCGGCCGGCAACUCUCUCAUUGUCAAGGCUAGCGAACUCAAUCCUUUCUCCACCCUGUUCAUUGUUUCACUGGCCAUCGAGGCUGGCAUUCCACCAGGUGUCAUCAACUGCAUUACGGGAGAUGGAGCUGCUGGUAGUGCUCUAGCGGCUCAUAUGAAAAUUCGAAAAAUCAGCUUCACUGGCAGCCUUACGGUAGCGCGAAAAGUCCAGGUCGCUGCGGCGCAGUCCAAUCUCAAGAGCGUUACACUAGAAUUGGGUGGAAAGUCACCCGUCAUAGUCUACCCGGACGCAAAUCUCGAUAAAGCAACUGAAUUUUGUUGUCAUUUUUUGAUGCUGAAUGGUCAAGGAUGUAUGCUGGGUACCAGGGUGUAUCUGCACGAGAGCAUUUUUGAUGAAAUGAUGCCCAAGAUUGAAGCAACUAUGCAAGCCUAUGAAAACAACCUCGGGUCCAAUCCACUGGAUCAAACCACGUGGAGUUCACCAAUGUUUCACCGACGCCAGCGGGAAAGUGUAUUAAAAUUCAUUGAAGAUGGGAAGAAAGAGGCGAAACUAGUGCGUGGCGGCGAUAUUGUGGAGGGGAAGGGGUGUUAUAUCCGACCAGCGAUUUUUACGGACCCGUCCCCGAACGCUAGAGUACUAAAAGAAGAGAUCUUUGGGCCCGUGGUGGUAGUUUGCAAGUUCAAAGACGACGACGAAAUUAUCAGCCUAGCCAACGAUACAGAGUACGGAUUGGGUGCAUACAUAUGGACGAGAGACAUCGGGAGGGCCCUUCGACUUAGCAAUAAGAUUGAAGCUGGCAUGAUCGGCAUCAACGGAUUGCCUUGGGCUCCAAACACGACUUUCGGCGGCUGGAAACAAAGCGGUACAGGUGUCGAAAAUGGAACGCUCGGAAUGUUAGACUGGACUCAGCAUAAGAGCAUUAAGAUACAGGUUGAAUAGUAAGAGAUGACCCAGUUACACAUUUGAUAUUAUUAGAAAUGCAGCAGAGCAAGCAGGUUGCAACUACGCAGACCAGCAAGACAAUUUGCGGGUUCUUGUUCUUCCUCAACGACUCGUAUUCUGUGUUCCGCUGGGACGGGUGGCUGAUCCCUGAUUUGCAAAAUGACUGGAUCAUUGAAAAUACUCGAUAAACUCGAAU